AAUAGCACGGCGGGCGGCGCCACUCCAGCGGCCGCGCCGGUGCCUCGAGGGCGCGAGGGUCGCGCCGCCUCCGCAGCCCCGGACCCGCCGCCGCGCCUCCCGCAGAGCUCUCAGUUUUAUCUCCGUAACACUGGGAGGAGAGUCAAACCAACUUUGGGUCCUUGGCAGAUGGGCAUCAGUAUCAUUUACUGACCAACAGGAUGGAGACCACACCCUUGAAUUCUCAGAAAGUGCUGUCAGCAUGCAAGGACAGAGAGGACUGUCAAGAAAAUGGUGUUCUACAGAAGGGUGUCCCCACUCCAGGGGACAGGGCAGAACCUGGCCAGAUAUCCAAUGGGUAUUCUGCAGUUCCCAGCACGAGUGCAGGAGAUGAAGCUACACACGCUAUCCCAGCAGCCACCACCACCCUGGUGGCUGAGAUUCGCCAAGGGGAGCGGGAGACCUGGGGCAAGAAGAUGGAUUUUCUCCUGUCUGUCAUUGGCUAUGCUGUAGACCUGGGCAACAUCUGGCGUUUCCCCUACAUAUGCUACCAGAAUGGUGGAGGUGCCUUCCUCCUCCCCUACACCAUCAUGGCCAUCUUUGGGGGAAUCCCACUUUUUUACAUGGAGCUUGCGCUGGGCCAGUAUCACCGAAACGGGUGCAUUUCUAUAUGGAGGAAAAUCUGCCCGAUUUUCAAAGGGAUUGGCUAUGCCAUCUGCAUCAUUGCCUUCUAUAUCGCCUCCUACUACAAUACCAUCAUAGCCUGGGCACUCUACUACCUCAUCUCCUCCUUCACCGACAAGCUGCCCUGGACCAGCUGCAGGAACUCUUGGAACACGGACAAUUGCACCAACUACUUCUCCCAGGACAACAUCACCUGGACACUCCAUUCCACGUCACCUGCUGAGGAGUUUUACUUGCGCCAUGUCCUGCAGAUCCACCAGUCUAAGGGACUCCAGGACCUGGGGACCAUCAGUUGGCAGCUUGCUCUCUGCAUCAUGCUCAUCUUCACCAUUAUCUACUUUAGCAUCUGGAAAGGAGUCAAAACAUCUGGCAAGGUGGUGUGGGUGACAGCCACCUUCCCUUACAUCGUCCUGUCUGUCCUGCUGGUGAGGGGGGCCACCCUUCCUGGAGCCUGGAGAGGGGUUGUCUUCUACUUGAAACCCAACUGGCAGAAACUCUUGGAGACAGGGGUGUGGGUGGAUGCUGCUGCUCAGAUCUUCUUCUCUCUUGGCCCAGGCUUUGGGGUUCUCCUGGCUUUUGCUAGCUACAACAAGUUCAACAACAACUGCUACCAAGACGCCCUGGUGACCAGUGUGGUAAACUGCAUGACGAGCUUCGUUUCUGGCUUUGUCAUCUUCACGGUGCUUGGCUACAUGGCAGAGAUGAGGAAUGAAGACGUGUCCGAGGUGGCCAAAGAUGCAGGCCCCAGCCUCCUCUUCAUCACGUAUGCGGAGGCUAUCGCCAACAUGCCCGCAUCCACGUUCUUUGCCAUCAUCUUCUUCCUCAUGCUAAUCACACUGGGUUUGGACAGCACGUUUGCAGGCCUGGAAGGCGUGAUAACAGCGGUACUGGAUGAGUUUCCACACAUCUGGGCCAAGCGGCGGGAGUGGUUUGUGCUCAUUGUGAUCAUUACUUGCGUCUUGGGAUCCCUGCUCACACUGACUUCUGGAGGGGCAUAUGUGGUGACGCUGCUGGAGGAGUAUGCCACAGGGCCCGCAGUGCUCACGGUGGCACUCAUAGAAGCCGUUGCUGUGUCUUGGUUCUAUGGUAUCACUCAGUUCUGCAGUGACGUGAAGGAAAUGCUUGGCUUCAGCCCGGGUUGGUUCUGGAGGAUUUGCUGGGUAGCCAUCAGCCCUCUGUUUCUCCUGUUCAUCAUUUGCAGUUUUUUGAUGAGCCCACCCCAACUGCGGCUUUUCCAAUACAAUUAUCCUCACUGGAGUAUCAUCUUGGGCUACUGCAUAGGGAUGUCAUCCAUCAUCUGCAUCCCUGCAUACAUCAUUUAUCGGCUGAUCAGCACUCCGGGGACACUUAAGGAGCGCAUUAUUAAAAGUAUCACUCCUGAAACACCAACAGAAAUUCCCUGUGGGGACAUCCGCUUGAAUGCUCUGUAACUCGCUAGGGAGGAACUGGUUUCCCAGCCACGUCUCCCAGCUGUGACAAGCCCACCUCCACCUCUCCCCUCUCAGCCACGCCUGACGAAGCAAGGUCUUUGUGCAUGGAGACACAGUCUUAAAGGACUGUGGUGCCAGCUGCUUGUGGAUUCCAGCCACUCCUUUCCAUGAACUCUCUUGGACAUACUGCCACAUGGAUGUAACAGCUGAACUGGCCUCUGUUGGUACAUGUGAGGGAAUGUGUGUGGGGUGAUGAAGUCAUCAGUUAGCAUUAGGUUUAGAAUUAAGUCUGUGAAAGUCUCCUGUAUAAUUUUUUUGGUAUGAUCAUAUUAUCUCACAUCUGUUUGCUUCUAAAGCCUUCAUUGUCCAUGAAUGCAUAAAUCAUUUAAGAGAAAACAGGGAUGUCUUACUAGCCAUAUAUUUUCUCAGUAGCAUAGGAUUCGAUAGCUGGAAUCUACUAGAACCUUCUAAUCCACAUGCUGCUGUGAAGUCAAGAAAGGAAGAUGUAAAGACGCUAAAGUGAAUAAAUGAUUCGUGUGUGUGAGCUUUUGUGUCUGUACAUUGCUGUGUCUGUGUACUCUUAGACCUGGUAUUAUGGGUCCAUUACAAACUAUGUAAGCGUCCUCUAAUUUUUCUUACAUUAAACAAAUUCUACCUAC